CAUCAACCGUUUGAAAUGACAAAUGAUAGAAGUGGCCACUAAGAAGAAGCACACACACCGAGUGGAGCGCAGUGCUAUUAAUCAGUUUUCGUUUCUAAUCGCAUAGCACAUUGUUACUCAUAUUCAAUACUCGAUCAGCAGGAACCGAACGAACUCCAUUUUGAUAUUAACAGACUAUAGAAGUGCCGUCCGCGGUCGGAAUCAAAGAUCUUCAUCAUCUUAUGGGCGGGGCCUGUUAUCUACCAGUCAUUCAACAUCAACCGUUUGAAAUGACAAAUGAUACAAGUGGCCACUAAGAAGAAGCACACACACCGAGUGGAGCGCAGUGCUAUUAAUCAGUUUUCGUUUCUAAUCGCAUAGCACAUUGUUGUUCAUAUUCAAUACUCGAUCAGCAGGAACCGAACGAACUCCAUUUUGAUAUUAACAGACUAUAGAAGGAAGAUGAGCUUCAAACAGGCGUCAAAGGAGGUCGAAUGUCCUUUCACAAAGCAAUCACUUCAGCUGGCCUAUGGACCAGAAGUCUCUCUGUUCUUGCAUUGUCAUCUUCGAGGUUAUGAUCGUGAAGGAAAGGGAAUUUCUGGAGAUCAUGAUUAUUAUGACAAAUAUGGUGCACCUGCGAAGAAGAACGACUCCUGGCAGGAGGGAUACCAUGUUGUUGAAACGAGAUUGGCAGAACACUACAAUACUGUGGUGGAAAACAAUUUAAACUUUCCAUUGGUCGCUGGAAUGGGUGGAGGAGUCCAUAUCUACAAGCCAAGACAUAAUGAGGAACCUUGGAACUGGACUGGUUGGAUUCCAAGACAGAAAAGAUGGUUGAGUCAAGGAACUUUCUUCAGCAACAGAUAUUUCCUUGGUCUGCGUGGAAAUGAGAUUCAGAACAAUCUCUGGGACUACGACCCUCAUGACGAAGAGGAAGGUGAAAGCGUUGAUGACUUGAUGUACACCCAGAUUGAACCUAAUGAUAGAUACAGAGGAGGAUAUUGGUUUCAUACACAGCCGUUUGGUCGCUAUUUGCAUUUGAUUACCCUCAAAUCGCAUGAACAUGACCCGGACACAAAGAAGUGUCUGAGAUAUAACUACAUCGUUCAUCCUCUGGCGUACAGACCUUCAGUUGAUACAAUACCAGACAACAGCGUGGAUGCAAUGCAAUGGGCCAUCAUAAAUAUGCCUGAAGAGAGGCAUUUUGGGGAAGGAAAGCCAUGGGGUGAUAAAUGUCACGGUUUGGAAAUCUUCAAUGAUUUCACGUAUUUCUAUUCCUACCAACCAUUGGAGAAAAGUGGGCCAAAUAACAGCGAGCUUUGCGAGGAUCCACAGAGGACGAUCAAUGGUGAUAACUACUACUACUUUUGGUAUGAUACAUACCCGAUGGAGUUUGCUGUGUUUCUCCUUGAUUCAGCCCUAGCCAGAGGAGUUUACUUCCAUACAAUGUCCGCCAAUGAUGCUUUUUAUGAGAGAUCAACUGGUGAAGAUGAUGAGCCAAAUGAUGUUUUGUUGGCCGAUCCUAAAGGUGGUCUGGCAAGACAUAACAUGAAACACAGAAAUGCCGCGAAAGACUCGCGAUUGGGUGUUUUGAAGACGGAGCAACCAGAACUCUCUAAGGAGGAGAAAAAACGCAAAUUCAGCCUGGCUGCUAUAGAUUUUCUGAAACAACGACCGUAUGGGCUUUACACAUCGUUUGGAUACGUCACGCUACUUGAUCCUCGUCGGGAAAUAAAGAAUGCUGUUUUCCAAGAGGAAAAAGGAAUCCCUCAUAUGGGUCUUGACGACGGAGAAACAUUGGCCCUACAAUAUUUAAUAGAUGGGAAGUACUUUUCCACAACAGGUCUAUUUAAGCUGUUCAAAUACGACUUUCCACUUCUGCCAUUCCGGAUAUCAAGACAACCGAACAAUGAAGAGCUUUGCUAUGAUCUCACCAAAGAAAUGGAAUUGGAGUUCACGUUUCUUAAAUCUUCGGAUAAUAUGAAUCACCUAAUUUGGAGGUACACAAUAAUGGUUAAAACCAACGACCACAAGCUAGAGACCUCUCAUGGUUACUUCAAGUUGGAUCCAGUACAAACGACCGUUCUUGACUUGACCAAAAGUUACCAUUUGGAAGAUGUGAAGUUCAUCUAUUUUACCGCGAUUUCUCCGUUUAACCCGCAACAUCGUGCAUGGUUCCACGCUAUCAGAGGACCUGCAUUUGGCAAGCCUUGGUUCCAUGCCAGGUGCCCGGAGCUGAAACAUAAUGUCGUUCGAACAAAUAGAAAAAACAACAUUGUGACGGCAAGUAAAGAAGAGAUCGAAGUGACAGCUGUUGACAAAGGAGAGCUUGAUUUUGCUUUAGGAAAAGCUUGCGACGAGAAAGACAUAUAUGUGUAUUUCAUGCAAGCCUAUCCCCAUCAACAAGAUUUCUCAGAACCAGUGAGUGAGAAGAUUAAAGAGUCGUCGGAUCUUAUUCCACCGAGAAUUCUGCAAAGUGUGCAUGGAUAUUUCUCGUGCAAAGAUGAUCACCCCACAAGGAUCAACCUGAGUGCAUCAUGGGACAAGAAUACGGUCAAGGAUGGAAAAGUUUACUUCUACCGUAUUGACGCCGACACUGGCGCACCGUCAAAAAUGCAAGGCUGCGAGCCCAAACAAUUUGGCUCUAUUCCAUAAACAGGAUGUGGACAAUUUAUCAAAAGAUUUCCGUUUUUACUUUUUUAGUUGCGAGUUAGCUUGAUUACGUGUGUAAGACCCGCUAAUUUAGUUGAUUAACGAUGAUUUUGCCAAAGAUAGUUGUAGUGAACAUUUGAUGUUAGUAUAAGUCUGUAUAACUUCACCGACGAAUUCCAUAACAGGUGACAAAUAUAUACUUUUAAAAGUGA